AAAAUUAUUGUUGAAAUGGAAGAACGAAAGUGGAUAAAAAAAAAAGAAAGAGCUCUACUGGAAAAUAAUUUUGAAAACCUUUACUAUGCUUGCAAAGAGUUAGCUGAUAUUUAUGUCAAUCAAGAAGAUUAUCAACAAGCAUUGAGUCAAUAUGAACAGUGUGAAGAAGCGGCUAAUCGUUGUGGCGAUGAAAUUCGUUUAGCUGUUGCAAAUCGAAUGAUUGGUGAAAUGUAUUGUUAUCUUAAUGAUUUUGAAAAUGCUAUUAAGCAUCAAAAGCUACAUCUUAAAAUAUCUUAUUCAAAAAAUGAUAUUGUUGAACAGCAAAGAGCUUUAGCCACAUUGGGUCGUACCUAUUUUUUACAUUCUGAAAUGUUUGAUAGUAAUGAUCUUUAUAAAAAAUCAGAGAUAUUAAAGACAUCUGUUAAAUAUUAUAUUAAAAGUUUAGAAGUUUGUAAUAAACUUGGUAAAGAAGUUGGUAUUAAGACAUUAUCUGAAAUGAAAGCUAGACUUUAUCUUAACUUGAGUCUUUGUGAAGAUUCAGCUGGUGAACUAAAUAAAUCAAUGGAGUACAUAAAUAAAGCAAUGAAAUUAUGUUCUGAUGCAGAUUUGAAUGAUGAACUAUGUAAAUGUUAUUCAAUAAAAUGUUCCUUAUAUUCAAAACAAGACAAUUUUUCUAAAGCAAUUGCAUGUGUUGAUGAAGGCCUUCAAAUUGCUUCUAGACUUUCAAAUAAUAAAGAUAUUGGUACAGAACUUUUAUGUUUAAAAGCUGAACUUUUAAUUGACAUUAAUGACUAUCAAACUGCCAAGCAUGUUAUGAUAAAAGCAUACAAACUAAAAGUGCCAAUAAAAAAUGAAUUUGAAGAAGUGAAAAAGAAAUUGAAAAUUAUUACAGUAAUGAGUCAAACUGAAAAUAAUUUAUUAUUAGCUUCACAGACAGAUUAUGAACAACGUAGAAAGUUGAAUGAAAAACUUGGAGAUGCUUGUGUUGCAUUAAAAAAAUUUUCAAAAGCAAUCUCUUAUUAUGAGAAAAUGUUGGAAAAUUCCGUACUCUGUGGUAUGACUGAUAAAUGUUUAAUACCUUGCUAUGUUUCACUAGCACAAACAUACAAAGACAAUAAGCAAUACUAUCAAGCAUUAGAAUAUUUUAAUAAAGAAUUAAAUCUCUAUAGUGAAAAUAGUAUUGAAGCUUGUAAAACAUUAUUAAAUAUUGCUGAUGUUAUGGAAGCUCAGUAUGAUUCAUUUGAUUCCAUUUGGUCUACUUAUGAAAAAGCUAAAAAAAUUGCACAAAAAAAUAAUGAUGGUAAUCUUCAAUUAUUAGCUGUAAAAGGAAUGAAGUGUUUAGCUGUAGAAAGAAAUAAACCAGAUUUGGCUGACGACUUGAAAAGUGAACUCAAUAAUUUAAUGAGAUAUGAAACUGAAUCAAUUGAAGAAGAUGAUGUCCCAGAUAUUUGGGAUGAUGUUUCAUUAAAAGAUCUUUCUGAUAUUGAUGAAGAAGUUGAUGAUAAAAAAAGAAAACGGCAUAAACAAACAGCCAUACCAGAAAAAAAAAAUGAAAAGGGAGAAACUCCAAUUAUACCGGCUUGUGCUAAGGGUAAUGUUAAGUUAGUUUUAAGCCUUUUAAAACAAGGCCAUUCUGUUAAUGCAGGUGAUGCUUUAGGCUGGACAGCCUUACAUGAAGCUAGUAAUUAUGGAUAUGUUGAUAUUGUUAAUGUUCUUUUAGACCAUGGUGCUGAUAUUAAUAACCGUGGUGGACCUUGCUGUGAAGGUAUUACACCCUUACAUGAUGCUGCUGCUUGUGGCCACCUAGAAGUUAUAGACUGUUUAUUAGAUAGAGGUGCAAAUCCUUUAGUUAGAACUAAUAAUGGUGAGACGCCACUUGACUCAUUGAUAGCUUGUCGUAAUAGAGUUAUUUUAGAAGAAAAAAAAGAAUUGGAUCCAAGUAGACUUGCUCAUUUUUGGUCAAUUGUUGAUCGUCUUAGUGAGUGCUUACGAAAAGCUGGCCAUACACCUCCUGUACCUUUAACUGAUAUAAAAGAAAUACUUAAAAAUGGACAAAAACCAACUGACCAUUAUUUAGGAGUAAUACCUGAGAAUGACAAAAGAUCAAGAAAACAAUAUAGAUAUAUUGAGAAUUUAGAAAGGCUAGAAAAAAAAGAAAAAAAUAAUGAGGUAGAAGAACUUGAAGUAUUUGGUGCUGCAGAAGACUAUAAACAAACAAUUAGUCAAUUAAGAAAUCAUAAUAAAAGACGACGAGAAGAUGAAGUACAUUUUGAAAUAUCUCAACCUCCUUUAGUUGAGAAUUCUGUUGAUGAGUGGUUAGAAGAAGAUAUUAUGUACAAGCCUAAAAAAAGAUAUUGUUCUGAAAUAACUGAAAAUAAUUAUUCACCGAUAAAAGUAAAUAACCUUGAAGAUGAUGAUUUGCUUGAGAAUAAAAAAAAAUCAAAUUUUACCUUGGACGUUGAGCCUAACUUAAGAAUUCGAGAUUCUGAUGAAGAUUCUGAUAUACAAAAAGAUACAAUUAAGAAUAAAUAUACUCCUUUAAUGCUGUCUACAAGUAAAAAUAAAUCCCAUCAAAGUACAUUAGAACAUCAAGGAUUUUUAAAUAUAAAAAAUGUUUCUUUGGAUGUUGAUGAAUCAAUUUCUUCGAAAAAAGAUGAAAUGGUUACAAACAUUAAUCAUACAAUUAAAGUACGUGUUGAAAAUAGAUUAUUCCUCGUACCAAUACCAGCAAGUGAGGAAAAUAUAAACUUAAAAUGGCUUUCAACAGAAGCGUCUAGACGUUAUCAAAAACUUGAAGGUGUCAAUCCAAUUUUAAAUUUGACUACUGAAGAUGGAGCUUUACUAGAUGAAAAUGAUCCUAUUAAUUUAGUUUAUGGGUUACAAGAAGUUUUGGGUAAUAUUGUUGGAUGGAGUACAGAAACUUUAAUUGAAACAUACAAAAAAUCUUGUGUAGAAUCAGGUAUAACAUUCAAUGAACAAAUAGCUCAGUUUUUAGAUGUCUUACAAGCAACUGGUACUUUGAACAUAUCUGAUUGUAUAGUUAUGUCUAAUGUUUUGAAUAUUACACUUAAUGUGGCUUGUCAUUAUCAGAACUUACAAAUUUUAUGUUUAUCAGGUGUUGCUCUUGAAGACCAUAACAUGAAAAUGUUAGCAGAAUAUUUGUCUAACCUACACCAACUACUUAAAUUAGAUGUAAGUUGUAAUAAUAUUAGUUCUAUAGGUAUUGGUCAUUGGACUACAUCAAUAUCUAAUAAUAAAUGUUUGAUUAAUUUAGAAUCAUUUGAUAUAAGUCAUAAUCCUAUAACCAAUGCUGGCCUUGCACAUUUUCGUUUAAUUACCCAACACUCAGUUAAUCUACGAUCUUUAUUUCUUCGAGAUGUAGAUAUUGACCAUAAUUGUUAUGAUUAUGCAUCUGAAUUAUACCUAGAUAAUAUUGAAGAUUUAGAUUUAAGCUUUAAUAUGUUAGGGCGUACUGGAAUUUCUGGAUUUUUCAUAAGACUCGAUCCAAUGCGUUUAAAAUAUUUAAAUGUACGUAAUACAGGAUCAUCAAUGGUAUUACGUGAAUGUGCCCUAUUUUUAGAACGUAGUCAAGCAGAUUGUCUUCAUUCAAUAGAUUUUUCUAGUCUUGAUCUUGAAGAUGAAGACCUAGACUUACUAUGUAAUUGUUUAGAGUCUGCUGGUAACUUACAACAUUUAUGGUUAGUUGAUAAUCCUCGAAUUACACAAAUGUGCAUGGAUAGAAUUAAACAUUUAAGUGUUAAAUUCAUUUAUAUGGCGGGAUGUGCUCCAGUUGAUAUUUCACAAAUUAACACAAUUGAUUUUGAACAAAUGUCUUUAACUGGACACGGACAGUCAAAUUUAUUUAAAAAUGCUCCUUACAAUAUGAAGGUAUCGCUGUGAUUUAUCAUUAAGGUUAUAAAUUAUUUUUUUGUUUAAUAAUAUAUUAGAAUUUUUCUAUGUUAGUUAU